CCCACAUAAGCAUAAACAUAUUCAACCAGAAGAAUGAUCAUUGUUAAUAUGGGAAAGUUCUCAAUGUAUAAGUAUUAUGGCCUUGAAAGUGAAAACUGAAAACCCAUAACCGUCUUUGAAGAAAACGAAGAUCUUCUAUGCAUGCGUGGUACGAUAAUGAGCGAAAAGAUUUGACUUUGCUGAAUCCAGCGGCCAAAUGGGCUCUGGGUGUACGCUAGAACAUGGAAAUACGGCCGACGAGAAUAACUACAGGUCGAACUUUUUAUGGAAACUUCGUCGGCUUUGCUUGCAUUUGGCGUCAACAGUGAAGAGGUGUGGGAGUGAAUGGUUUCGACUCCGAACUUUCGCACUCGCUGACGAUUUCAAGCGCAUCGUCCCUCCCGUUCUUUAAUUUAGUCAUUCAGUAACGACGAGCUCAGACAUUCGCGUUUACUACGAAGGGCAAAAACACGGAGUCCCUGAUUUCAUCGUCUCCGGUUGGAUCUGAUUAUGCCUGAACAAAUCGCAAAGUAAUUUGAGAUCUCCCUCUCUGUCCUCUCUUCUAGCUGACUCAUCAUGAGGAGACGAAAAACACAUUUUUCUCGGGGACCCUUCAUUCUUCACGUAAAUGUUCUCUUGUUUGUCUGCUCAAACUUCGUUCUUGCCGGGAGAUUCGAUUCUCUGCUGCGACUACCGCGUUCUGGGUCUAUCACGAGCCGGCCCAAAUCCAAAAUUGUUCUGUCGGUCGACGAUCAUGGUGCUAGAGGAGAUGGUAUGAGCGAUGAUACCGCGGCUGUUGGAAAUGUAUGGAAGUUAGCUUGCUCCCGUUCUGCCCCAGCUAGAAUUCUUCUGUCAUCUGGAAAGACUUACUUGUUUCACUCAAUUGAUUUUGCUGGACCUUGUCGAUCGAAGGUCACCCUAGAGAUUGCAGGCAGCAUUGUUGCUCCCAAAGAUCCUGAAGCCUGGGAAGGAUUAAAUCCUCAUAAAUGGAUAUAUUUCCAUGGAGUGAAGCACCUUACUGUGGAAGGAGGGGGCAAAAUCGAUGGAAUGGGGUGGGAAUGGUGGGGUCGGUCUUGCAAGACAAAUGCGACUAAUCCAUGUCAUCCUGCUCCAACGGCUGUCAUUUUCCAUAGAUGCAAGGAUUUGAUUGUGAGGAACCUCAGGGUGAUCAACAGUCAGCAGAUGCAUGUAGCAUUUACCAAUUCCCUACGGGUUAAAGCAUCAUACCUCAGAGUGACAGCCCCUGCUGCGAGCCCUAAUACUGAUGGAAUCCAUAUAAGUGCUUCCCGUGAUGUUCAGAUCGAGGAUUGCAUUGUUAGAACAGGUGAUGACUGCAUCUCUAUAGUCAGCAAUUCUUCAUGGAUUACAAUCAGAAACAUUAUCUGUGGGCCAGGACAUGGUAUUAGUAUUGGUAGCUUGGGGAAAUCGAAAUCUUGGGCAGAGGUUCAUGAUGUAGUUGUUCACGGAGCGCUUGUGUCCAACACUGAAAAUGGUUUGAGGAUUAAAACGUGGCAGGGAGGCGGUGGCUCUGUCACCAAUGUGAUUUUCCAGAAUGCGUGGAUGGAAAAUGUAUCACAUCCUAUAAUCAUAGAUCAGUAUUACUGCGAUUCUUUUCAGACUUGUCCCAAUCAGACAUCGGCUGUUAAAGUGGGAAAUAUAUCAUUCUUGGGGAUCAAAGGGACAUCAACUACUGAGAAAGCUAUGAUAUUUGCCUGCAGCGACGAUGCUCCAUGUGAAGGGCUAUAUUUAGAAGACAUACAUCUUGUUUCCCAUGCUGGUGGUACUACAAGAUCCUUCUGUUGGCAAGCAUACGGCUCUGUGUCCGGUCUAGUAUAUCCUCCUCCUUGCUUCUCAUUUGAAGACAAAGACAGCUUCAUUAAACAGAAAGCUCAGUAUGGCUCUGAAAAUGUUCAUUCCUUCUGAAAGAAGAGUCGUCAUGUUUUUCCUUCCUUUUGCAUUGGGGGUUGCAUAUUGCCCUUGCAUCUCCAGGCCAGGUUUCAAGGACUCUGUAUUCUUUUCUGGUUGUACUUAGAAGCCAGUCAGGAAAUAAAAGCAGGCUCGUCGGUUGGCUAACCAGGGAUGGCUAUUAAUGAUUUAUAUAUGUUCUCACUUUUUAGGUUGCUUUUUGAAAUGAGAUUGAGUGGAAGAGGCUUCAUUAGUUGAGCAGUCACGCUAAUAUUUCGUGUUGUUGUAAUUCCUUCUUCAUGCUGUAUUUAAUCGAGGAACAGAAAAGGAAAAUGUAAGGGAAAUGGUCGGCUUUGCAUGAUUAUUUGUUC